AUGACUUACUUCUUGCCCGAGGCUUCUCAACAAACAGAGAAAGAUCGACUUAACUACCAACACAACAUGAUGUUACACAUUCUUGGCGGCAGGCUAGGACAAGCACCAGUUCACCCACAAGCUCAAGUUUUAGAUGUAGCCACCGGGACAGGAAUAUGGGCCAUACAGUAUGCUGAGCAGCAUCCCGACUCAACGGUGCUCGGUGUUGAUCUUAGUAUCACGAAACCGCAGGGCUUACUACCCGGCAACUGCCAGUUUCAGCAGCUCGAUGCCGAGAAUGGCGAGUGGCCGCCGACUCAAUUUGACUACAUCCACUUCGCACAUGUGAUUGCUUGCUUUGACGACACCAAAGCCGUAAUGAAGAAAGCAUUUGACCACAUGAAACCCGGUGGCUGGAUUGAGCUUCACGAUCCUGAACUGCGAAAUAUUGCUGACGGCGACUCCGCCAAGGGUACUGCUGUUGAAGAAUGGGUUCAAUUGGUUGUCAAAGGCGGCAGAAUCGUUGGGCGAGAUAUGCUCAAGUCGGCUCACUAUGAGACGUGGCUCAACGAAACGGGCUUCGUUAAUGUCCAGGACGCCAAAUUCCCGCUGCCAUUUAACGAAUGGCCAGAGAACCCCAAACUCAAGGAGGUUGGCGCCAUAUACAAACAUAAUCUCUUGGGAUUGGUUGAGAGUCUCACCAAAUUCCUGACCCUAGCAGGGUUGUCCCACACAGAUGCCAAGGAUCUGAAGGAGCGUGCAAAGAGGGAUAUUCACAAUCCGCAGAUUCGCUUUGCCUUUGCAGUUCAUGUUGUGUAUGCACAGAAGCCGUUUAACGGCAUAUAUGUGCACUUAUAA